ACGGUAACGAAAUAGUUCGCAGACUGACACGACGGGAUUCAGUUAGGAUUUACUUUCAAUUAAACAAUUUGACGAACUAAAAAUAAACUUUAACCUCCGUAGAGUCGCCGUUUUACGACAAACGUUUUGCAAACGAAAAAAACAAACAAACACUUUCGAUCUCAGUUAUCCAAAGCAUUCACAUCAAACCAUAUGAUUCGAAGAAUAUUAUUCAUGAUCACGGCUAUAUUCAUAAUACGCAGCAACACAACUUAUUUCCACCGAAAUCUUGUCACAUCGUGUGUUCAUAUUAUUGGUUAUACAUGAAUUUGAUUUUAACCAAACCAUAAUAUUGGCAGGUGGUACAGAAAAUUUACCAUGAAAAUAAUAAUGUUGUUCGUUUGCUUGUUAUUUCGUGUUUGCAUUUCGAAGCGAUAACAUCGUUUCAUUAUUGAAAGAAAUCCGUUCCUCCAGCGCAAGAGUUACAAUUAAAAAAAAAUUAAAAACUUCUAAAAUACAACGGAAAGUGGCAUACAAAAAAGUUCAUUAAAAACAUCUCUUUCUCUCUCUCCGUGUACUUUGUUGGAAACUACUUAACAUAAUUUGAUAUCCAACGAACGGUUUGUGUUACUUAAAUUAUCUGCUGUGCAUUUAAAACUCAUUAAUGAAUAUUAUAUUCAAAUACGAACGUGUGUGGCGUAUGGACAGUAACAGAAUUUAACGAAAAAUAAACAAAAGUGAAUUUAAAGAGAAAAGCCAGCCGACUAUCAACAGAUUUUUUGUUUUAUGUGCGAAAAAUCUCUCUGUGUUUACAUACAUUGGAUAUAAAAUCCGAUAAAAGUGAAAUUGGACCCAAGAAAAUGUUACAGGUUCAGCAUCAGGUGCAAAUCGAUAACGACAAAUGUCGUCGAGAAGCAAGACUGUCCGGAUCGAGAUUAGAUUUCUGUUUGCCGCGCGGAAAUUCGAGAUCAUCGCGUAUCGUUGAUUCGCAUGGAAAUACACUGACCCCAAUUAGUCCGCAAAGUAACAACAAUUCUUCACCGAGUGAAGAAGACAAUCCAAAAUUGACGACAUCUUUAACCGCUUCAGAGGCCAUAAAACUUCAUGGAAGUCGACUAUCGGAAUAUGAACGACAGGAAAUCGAUAAAUAUACCGAAAUUUGGUAUCUGGGAUUGGAGUCAUGCAAAAUUAAUGCCAAGCCGGGAACAGCACUUAAUUCUGGCUAUGAUGAUGACAACGGUAGCUACAAUAAGAUCAUUCACGAUCACAUAGCCUAUCGUUAUGAAAUACUCGAAGUAAUAGGAAAAGGCAGCUUCGGCCAAGUAGUUAGAGCCCUAGAUCAUAAGACCAAUAAAUAUGUAGCCAUCAAAAUCAUACGAAACAAAAAGCGCUUCCAUCAUCAGGCUCUGGUCGAGGUUCGCCUAUUGGAAGAACUGAGAAAGAAAGAUGCCGAUGGUACUCAUAAUGUGAUACAUAUGUUGGACUCAUUCUACUUUAGGAAUCAUCUGUGCAUCAUUUUCGAAUUAAUGAACAUCAAUUUAUAUGAACUCAUCAAGAAAAACAAUUAUCAAGGCUUCAGUCUGAGUCUAAUUCGUAGAUUUGCUAAUUCGAUAGUAAAAUGUCUUCGAUUGCUGUUCCAAGAAAACAUCAUUCAUUGUGACUUGAAACCGGAAAAUGUGCUGCUCAAACAAAGAGGAAGUUGUUCGAUCAAAGUAAUUGAUUUCGGAAGCUCAUGUUAUUCGCAAAAAAAGGUUUACACUUAUAUCCAGUCAAGAUUUUAUCGCUCACCAGAAGUUAUAUUGGGCUUAUCGUAUGGGACACCCAUUGAUAUGUGGAGUUUGGGUUGCAUUCUGGCCGAAUUGUACACCGGAUAUCCUCUAUUUCCCGGGGAAAAUGAAGUCGAACAAUUGGCCUGCAUAAUGGAAAUAUUGGGUGUACCACCAGAGGAUUUGAUAAAUACAGCGACCAGGAAGCGGUUGUUCUUCGAUGCCCGUUGCAGUCCACGCUGCGUAACGAAUUCGAAAGGAAAGAAGCGCAAGCCCGGAUCGAAAACACUAGCGCAAGCAUUGCGUUGCAACGAUCCGUUGUUCAACGAUUUUAUAAGCCGAUGCUUAGAAUGGGAUCCAAAGAAACGGAUGACACCCGACGAGGCUGUCACCCACGAAUGGUUACAGCCCAGCUCCAACUCAUCGUACAAUUCAUCGAAAUCGCAUCGGGAACGACAAGAGCGCCAGGAAAAUGCCGAAAAUCAUUUAACGUCGCCGAAAUCACAGAAAUUUCAACGAGCUCAGCAUUCGACACCUAAUCAAACGGUUCUUCCAGAAAUAAAAACCCCCAGCAAAUACACGCAAAAGGUGUAUAAAGAGCGGACAAAAGGUUUGACACUGUCAGCCAAUGACCUAGAAUCGGCCCAGCAUUAUACCACCUUACAACGAUUGUAUCCGACGCGAAAAUCGUCCAACACCUCCAGCCAUGCUGCUGCCGUUAAUAUUAAAUUUGCCAAUCACAGUUCCGGUAUGACACACUCGCAGAGUACGGGCGACGUGACGUCAAUGUUCGGCCGAGCAUGACCGGACUAUCAGAUCAUUCGCAAAUGUAAUCUAGUCAAGGCCGACAUUGAACUGUUUCGAAAGUGACUGAUAAAAUGGAUGAAAAAUUGAGAAAACUGAGAAAACAAAAAAAGAAAAUUUUGUUUCUAAACUGCAGAACCAAAGAUUUUGAAGAAGAAAAAGAAAAAUAAUUUCCCCGUUCUUUGUCUUCUUCUUAUGGUAAAAUUAAACGAAUAAUUUCUGUUCGCUAAGACUUUUGUGCAUAAUAUUAUAAUAUCCCACAUCUUCCUUCUUUCAAUAAUUUUAGACUUAAUUUGUACAACUUAAACAAUAAUACGAUUUAAGCUGAGUGUAUGAUUUGUGAAGAACCAACCAAAUUCUGAAAUUAUUUUGAAACAUUAAAGAAGUCAAAAGAAAAAGGCAAAUCUCUCGUUUAUAGCUGUUAAGUGUUAGUGGAACAAUCAUUUUUUGAAGUAGAACUUAUCGCGCUCUCUGUAUAUUAAGACAAACUCAACAAAAAAUAAAUCUUUGAAAAAAUUCUAAUCACCACACGGUCAAUAACAGCCCAUCAAUGAACGAAAUGCUCACCAUAAGUAGUAAUGAAACGACAUGAAGACUGUAUUAGUUCUGUGUAAAUUUACAAUGAGUCUUGAAACAACGGUUCUAAUUUACGUGGCAAUCGCAUGAUGAUUUGUUUUUGUCGGACAAGUUUGAGAACUGAUGACCACAUUCACUUAGUGAGGGGCAUUGUUCAAUGCUUUUAGACUAUGUAAUGCGUGAUGACCAACGGUUCCUAUAAAAUUUUGUGGUGCACAUAGAAACGGAUCUUCAGGUCACACUUAAAGGUGCGGGAAAACAGAAAAAGUAUUCUUUUCAAAGACUUUUAAACACUCAAAUUGUGACAAUAACAACUUUCGCAUUGUUAACUAUUCACGAAAAUUAUUACAUCCGAAGAUCGUAUAAGAAAAUGACGGAAAACAGGCAGGAAACUGUAGCGGGUUUCCUUUUUUGUGGGCAAUUUUCUUAUGUCAUUUUCUUUAACGAUAUAAGAGGUACAAUUUGAGUAUUUGGAAGUCUGUGAAAUUUUUACUGUUUUCACGCACCUCCCUUCAUUCCGAUUGUAAAAUUGCUCAUCGUUCAAACGCAUGCCACUCAAACUGUGUUCUUUUGUAGAAGCCGUACUUAGACCACCAAUUUUCGCAAUCUUCAUAGGUUAAAACGACAGAACUGAGACUCAAUUCACUCAACCACAUUAUUGUUCGUUUACUGAAUCCAAACGGUAAUGCAUUUCCUGAUUGAACUGUAAAAUCACAAAAAUAUUGGCUGUCUGCUUUUCGUUAAAUUGUCGUCAAUUUGUUGAACGGAUAAGUUGUUUUGUGUUUAUUUGAAAGAUAAAAAAAAUACUUUCGGUCAGGUUGUGUUGAAGCGACUUGAUCGGAAUAAUUGAGAAAACUGAAUCGGCCAAAGUAGAUAACGUGAGAGUAACAAGUACCAAAAUUUUAAAAUUGUUGAUGGUUUUAGAUUGUAAGGCAAGUAAAAUAGUCAUUCAAAUGUAUAGACGAGAAGUGAAUGUCAAUUUUGUGUGCGGAAGAAAUGUGAAAAAAAAAAACUGAAAAGCGAUUCAUUAAGAGAAAAUGUUUUGUUUUCCAUUUAAUUAAGUAAAAUGCUACGCAAUUGAUUUUCAUAGUUAAAACUCUGUAGUUCUGUCGUCCGCUCCUAAAUAAAAUAAAAAGUAUUACUUUCGAAAUGAGGCGACCAAUCUUGUAGACAUUAAAGGUGUUUAGAAUAAUCGUAAAAUGAUUUUAGUGUGGAUCAUUUUGUAAACUAAAAAGACUAACUAAAAAUAGAAAAUAUUUCCUGCAAAAUGAGCGGGAAAAAAUUAAAAUUAGAAAAAGGGAACAUUUUGUAAGCAAAGAGAACGGAUUCAAAUAAUUUAACAGAGAAAAGGAAUUUUAUCUCAUCCAUCAGACAAACAAAGAAAUGUGUAAAAAAUAGAAAAUAAAUUUAAAUAAAAACUUUAAUAUUGUGCGUAGUGAAAAAGAAGAUUAUCAUAGCCGUUUUCUGUCACACUUUAUCAAUUAUCAAUUCUAUUACAAUAUGGAUUACCAGAAAUUAAAUUAAACUGAGACCCAACAGAAAAAUAAUGAAGAAAUGAAGAUACCGGGCAGCAUGAGAAGAA